GAAAUAUGAAGCCAUAGACUAUAUAGAGUCAAUAGAUUAAUUUUUUCGUCGCCAGACGCCACUCCACAUUCUGUGGCGAUUUAAUUUCAGUGGAUUGUGUCAAUUACCGCGUGUCGCGCCGGUUUUUAGCAUCUCAUCGUCAAAUAUUUUAUAUUCGUCACAAAAUGGCCAUUCACAUCAAAGACGCUGACGACCUCAAGACCAGGCUGUCUGAAGCUGGUGAGAAGCUCGUGGUCAUCGACUUCAUGGCCACCUGGUGUGGACCCUGCAAGAUGAUUGGACCCAAACUAGAAGAGCUUGCCAAUGAAAUGGCAGACUCUAUUGUUGUACUUAAGAUUGACGUAGACCAAUGUGAAGACGUCGCAGCAGAAUACAACAUCAACGCCAUGCCCACUUUCGUAUUCGUGAAGAGCUCCCAGAAACUGGAGGAAUUCUCCGGCGCAAACAUCGACAAGCUAAAGAACACUAUCCUUAAAUUGAAGUAAUAAUAUUUAUGUUACACAGCGGUGUGUACGCUGCCUUAUGCCGCAGGCGGACACCUAAAACUUGCAUUAUUUAUAACGUUAAAAAAGAGCUUUUUAUAUAGUGGAUGUCACUUUCGUUACAGAUUAAAAAUGUUUUAAGUUUUCAUUGGUAGUUAUUUUUUUUAAUUGACUCUAUUUUGGGCUGAUGUCAAAUGCAUUUAUACCUUUAUUUUGAUCCGUCUACUAAAAUUUUAACUAACAUAAAUGAUGUCAUCACAUACUGGCUACAUGACUAGUUCAAAAUAAUACCGUUCUUUAAAUAAACAGCGAUAUACAUAGUCAUUUCAAUGUAAUACUUUAUAAAAACAAGAAAUAUAUUUCUUUAUUCUUUUGCUCUGAUAUUUAUAUUUUAAACAUUGUAUGCAAAGAAUAAACAUUAAUUUAAUAAAUAUUGAAAUAUUUUUGUAUCGGCCGUAAAGUGUCUUAUCAAAACAUCGUUAGUUUUGUAAACUAGCACGUAGUAUAUGCAUUUUGCACAAGUUUUAGAACGCGUACAUGCCCGUAAAUGUAUUAAUUUUUCUGUAUUGCAUUAUAUAUAUGUUACAAAGUAUUGUUACUACAAUGAAAUGUCUUAUUUAA